AUGGCAGUCACUACUCUCUUCAGAUCGCUAAUUCUCCUCUUUAGUUCCUUGGUUUGGACAACACAAGCUCUGGUCGACACCAAAUUGACUGGGACAUGGUCGUCAAAGUCGCGUCAAGUCAUUACUGGCUCGGGGUUCUAUGAUCCGGUUGCAGAUGCUUUCCAAGAGCCUCCCUUGCCAGGUAUAUCGUAUUCGUUCACGGAAGAUGGCCACUAUGAAGAGGCCUAUUACCGAGCUUUGCCGAAUCCAACGCAACCCAAUUGCCCCAAGGCGAUCAUGCAAUGGCAGCAUGGUACCUAUUCAGUACAGCCUAAUGGGUCUCUCGUGUUGACGCCAAUCCAAUCCGAUGGGCGUCAGCUAAUGUCAGAUCCCUGUGCCGGACAUUACUCUUCAUACACGCACUACAACCAAAGCGAGCUGUUUCAGUUUUUUGGGGGGGUGCAGAGUUACCGGAUAUACACCGACAAAUUCCAUGGCGUACUUCGGCUCGACCUGGUUCAAUUCGAUGGAGCACCUAUGCAGCCACUCUACAUCCUCUAUAGGCCUCCUGCAAUGUUGCCUACUACAACUUUACAUCCAACCACAGCAAAGGCCACCGGCAAGGCAAAGAGAGAGACUCUUAUGGAAGGAAAAGGGAAGCAAGGAUCUUCGACGACCUGGCUGACUGAUCCUGUGGCUAUUGAACGGUGGUGGUGGUUCGGUAUCAUCUCGACUUCUGUUGGGGGUAUAGUGCUAUGGUGCUCUUAG